AUGGAUCGCUCUCUCACCAUGGGCGCUCCACGAUCGCUCUCACCAUGGAUCGCUCUCUCACCAUGGAUCGCUCUCUCACCAUGGAUCGCUCUCUCACCAUGGAUCGCUCUCUCACCAUGGAUCGCUCUCACCAUGGAUCGCUCUCACCAUGGAUCGCUCUCACCAUGGAUCGCUCUCUCACCAUGGAUUGCUCUCACCAUGGAUCGCUCUCUCACCAUGGAUCUCUCUCUCACCAUGGAUCGCUCUCACCAUGGAUCGCUCUCACCAUGGAUCGCUCUCACCGUGGAUCGCUCUCUCACCGUGGAUCGCUCUCUCACCGUGGAUCGCUCUCUCACCAUGGAUCGCUCUCUCACCAUGGAUCGCUCUCACCAUGGAUCGCUCUCACCAUGGAUCGCUCUCACCAUGGAUCGCUCUCUCACCAUGGAUUGCUCUCACCAUGGAUCGCUCUCUCACCAUGGAUCUCUCUCUCACCAUGGAUCGCUCUCACCAUGGAUCGCUCUCACCAUGGAUCGCUCUCUCACCAUGGAUCGCUCUCUCACCAUGGAUCGCUCUCUCACCAUGGAUCUCUCUCUCACCAUGGAUCGCUCUCACCAUGGAUCGCUCUCACCAUGGAUCGCUCUCACCAUGGAUCGCUCUCUCACCAUGGAUUGCUCUCACCAUGGAUCGCUCUCUCACCAUGGAUCUCUCUCUCUCACCAUGGAUCGCUCUCACCAUGGAUCGCUCUCACCAUGGAUCGCUCUCACCAUGGAUCGCUCUCACCAUGGAUUGCUCUCUCACCAUGGAUCGCUCUCUCACCAUGGAUCGCUCUCACCAUGGAUCGCUCUCUCACCAUGGAUCGCUCUCUCACCAUGGAUCGCUCUCUCACCAUGGAUCGCUCUCUCACCAUGGAUUGCUCUCACCAUGGAUCGCUCUCACCAUGGAUCGCUCUCACCAUGGAUCUCUCUCUCACCAUGGAUCGCUCUCUCACCAUGGAUCGCUCUCACCAUGGAUCGCUCUCUCACCAUGGAUCGCUCUCUCACCAUGGAUCGCUCUCUCACCAUGGAUCGCUCUCACCAUGGAUCGCUCUCUCACCAUGGAUCUCUCUCACCAUGGAUCUCUCUCACCAUGGAUCGCUCUCACCAUGGAUCUCUCUCAUUCCAUGGAUCUCUCUCUCACCAUGGAUCGCUCUCACCAUGGAUCGCUCUCUCACCAUGGAUCGCUCUCUCACCAUGGAUCGCUCUCACCAUGGAUCGCUCUCUCACCAUGGAUCGCUCUCACCAUGGAUCCCUCUCUCACCCUGUAUCGCUCUCACCAUGGAUCGCUCUCUCACCAUGGAUCGCUCUCACCAUGGAUCGCACUCACCAUGGAUCGCUCUCUCACCAUGGAUCGCUCUCUCACCAUGGAUCGCUCUCACCAUGGAUCGCUCUCACCAUGGAUCGCUCUCACCAUGGAUUGCUCUCUCACCGUGGAUCGCUCUCUCACCAUGGAUCGCUCUCUCACCAUGGAUCGCUCUCACCAUGGAUCGCUCUCUCACCAUGGAUCGCUCUCACCAUGGAUCGCACUCACCAUGGAUCGCUCUCUCACCAUGGAUCGCUCUCUCACCAUGGAUCGCUCUCACCAUGGAUCGCUCUCACCAUGGAUCUCUCUCUCACCAUGGAUCGCUCUCUCACCAUGGAUCGCUCUCACCAUGGAUCGCUCUCUCACCAUGGAUGGAUCGCUCUCUCACCGUGGAUCGCUCUCUCACCGUGGAUCGCGCGCUCACCAUGGAUCGCGCUCUCACCGUGGAUCGCUCUCUCACCGUGGAUCGCGCUCUCACCAUGGAUCGCGCUCUCACCAUGGAUCGCUCUCUCACCAUGGAUCACUCUCUCACCAUGGAUCUCUCUCUCACCAUGGAUCGCUCUCACCAUGGAUCGCUCUCACCAUGGAUCGCUCUCUCACCAUGGAUUGCUCUCACCAUGGAUCGCUCUCUCACCAUGGAUCUCUCUCUCACCAUGGAUCGCUCUCACCAUGGAUCGCUCUCACCAUGGAUCGCUCUCUCACCAUGGAUCACUCUCUCACCAUGGAUCUCUCUCUCUCACCAUGGAUCGCUCUCACCAUGGAUCGCUCUCUCACCAUGGAUUGCUCUCACCAUGGAUCGCUCUCUCACCAUGGAUCGCUCUCUCACCAUGGAUCGCUCUCACCAUGGAUCGCUCUCUCACCAUGGAUCGCUCUCUCACCAUGGAUCGCUCUCUCACCAUGGAUCGCUCUCUCACCAUGGAUCGCUCUCACCAUGGAUCGCUCUCACCAUGGAUCGCUCUCUCACCAUGGAUCGCUCUCUCACCAUGGAUCGCUCUCUCACCAUGGAUCGCUCUCUCACCAUGGAUCGCUCUCACCAUGGAUCGCUCUCACCAUGGAUCUCUCUCUCACCAUGGAUCGCUCUCUCACCAUGGAUCGCUCUCACCAUGGAUCGCUCUCUCACCAUGGAUCGCUCUCUCACCGUGGAUCGCUCUCUCACCGUGGAUCGCUCUCACCGUGGAUCGCUCUCUCACCGUGGAUCGCUCUCUCACCGUGGAUCGCUCUCUCACCGUGGAUUGCGCUCUCACCAUGGAUCGCGCUCUCACCAUGGCUCGCUCUCUCACCAUGGAUCUCUCUCUCACCAUGGAUCGCUCUCACCAUGGAUCGCUCUCUCACCAUGGAUCGCUCUCUCACCAUGGAUCGCUCUCACCAUGGAUCGCUCUCUCACCAUGGAUUGCUCUCACCAUGGAUCGCUCUCUCACCAUGGAUCUCUCUCUCACCAUGGAUCGCUCUCACCAUGGAUCGCUCUCACCAUGGAUCGCUCUCACCAUGGAUCGCUCUCUCACCAUGGAUCGCUCUCUCACCAUGGAUCGCUCUCACCAUGGAUCGCUCUCACCAUGGAUCGCUCUCUCACCAUGGAUCGCUCUCACCAUGGAUUGCUCUCACCAUGGAUCGCUCUCACCAUGGAUCGCUCUCACCAUGGAUCUCUCUCUCACCAUGGAUCGCUCUCUCACCAUGGAUCGCUCUCACCAUGGAUCGCUCUCUCACCAUGGAUCUCUCUCUCACCAUGGAUCGCUCUCACCAUGGAUCGCUCUCACCAUGGAUCGCUCUCUCACCAUGGAUUGCUCUCACCAUGGAUCGCUCUCUCACCAUGGAUCUCUCUCUCACCAUGGAUCGCUCUCACCAUGGAUCGCUCUCACCAUGGAUCGCUCUCACCAUGGAUCGCUCUCACCAUGGAUCGCUCUCUCACCAUGGAUCGCUCUCUCACCAUGGAUCGCUCUCUCACCAUGGAUCGCUCUCUCACCAUGGAUCGCGCUCUCACCAUGGAUCGCUCUCACCAUGGAUCGCUCUCACCAUGGAUCUCUCUCUCACCAUGGAUCGCUCUCUCACCAUGGAUCGCUCUCACCAUGGAUCGCUCUCUCACCAUGGAUCGCUCUCUCACCAUGGAUCGCUCUCACCAUGGAUCGCUCUCUCACCAUGGAUCUCUCUCACCAUGGAUCUCUCUCACCAUGGAUCGCUCUCACCAUGGAUCUCUCUCAUUCCAUGGAUCUCUCUCUCACCAUGGAUCGCUCUCACCAUGGAUCGCUCUCUCACCAUGGAUCGCUCUCUCACCAUGGAUCGCUCUCACCAUGGAUCGCUCUCACCAUGGAUCCCUCUCUCACCCUGUAUCGCUCUCACCAUGGAUUGCUCUCUCACCGUGGAUCGCUCUCUCACCAUGGAUCGCUCUCUCACCAUGGAUCGCUCUCACCAUGGAUCGCUCUCUCACCAUGGAUCGCUCUCACCAUGGAUCGCACUCACCGUGGAUCGCUCUCUCACCGUGGAUCGCUCUCUCACCAUGGAUCGCUCUCACCAUGGAUCGCACUCACCAUGGAUCGCUCUCUCACCGUGGAUCGCUCUCUCACCAUGGAUCGCUCUCUCACCAUGGAUCGCUCUCACCAUGGAUCGCUCUCUCACCAUGGAUCGCUCUCACCAUGGAUCGCUCUCUCACCAUGGAUCGCUCUCACCAUGGAUCGCUCUCUCACCAUGGAUCGCUCUCACCAUGGAUCGCUCUCUCACCAUGGAUCGCUCUCUCUCCAUGGAUCGCUCUCUCACCAUGGAUCGCUCUCUCACCAUGGAUCGCUCUCUCACCAUGGAUCGCUCUCUCACCAUGGAUCUCUCUCACCAUGGAUCGCUCUCACCAUGGAUCGCUCUCUCACCAUGGAUCGCUCUCACCAUGGAUCGCUCUCUCACCAUGGAUCGCUCUCACCAUGGAUCGCUCUCUCACCAUGGAUUGCUCUCACCAUGGAUCGCUCUCUCACCAUGGAUCGCUCUCACCAUGGAUCGCUCUCUCACCAUGGAUCGCUCUCACCAUGGAUCGCUCUCUCACCAUGGAUUGCUCUCACCAUGGAUCGCUCUCUCACCAUGGAUCGCUCUCUCACCAUGGAUCGCUCUCUCACCAUGGAUUGCUCUCACCAUGGAUUGCUCUCACCAUGGAUCGCUCUCUCACCAUGGAUCGCUCUCUCACCAUGGAUUGCUCUCACCAUGGAUCGCUCUCACCAUGGAUCGCUCUCACCAUGGAUUGCUCUCUCACCAUGGAUCGCUCUCUCACCAUGGAUCGCUCUCUCACCAUGGAUCGCUCUCUCACCAUGGAUCGCUCUCUCACCAUGGAUCGCGCUCUCACCAUGGAUCGCUCUCACCAUGGAUCGCUCUCACCAUGGAUCUCUCUCUCACCAUGGAUCGCUCUCUCACCAUGGAUCGCUCUCACCAUGGAUCGCUCUCUCACCAUGGAUCGCUCUCUCACCAUGGAUCGCUCUCACCAUGGAUCGCUCUCUCACCAUGGAUCUCUCUCACCAUGGAUCUCUCUCACCAUGGAUCGCUCUCACAUGGAUCUCUCUCAUUCCAUGGAUCUCUCUCUCACCAUGGAUCGCUCUCACCAUGGAUCGCUCUCUCACCAUGGAUCGCUCUCUCACCAUGGAUCGCUCUCACCAUGGAUCGCUCUCACCAUGGAUCCCUCUCUCACCCUGUAUCGCUCUCACCAUGGAUUGCUCUCUCACCGUGGAUCGCUCUCUCACCAUGGAUCGCUCUCUCACCAUGGAUCGCUCUCACCAUGGAUCGCUCUCUCACCAUGGAUCGCUCUCACCAUGGAUCGCACUCACCGUGGAUCGCUCUCUCACCGUGGAUCGCUCUCUCACCAUGGAUCGCUCUCACCAUGGAUCGCACUCACCAUGGAUCGCUCUCUCACCGUGGAUCGCUCUCUCACCAUGGAUCGCUCUCUCACCAUGGAUCGCUCUCACCAUGGAUCGCUCUCUCACCAUGGAUCGCUCUCACCAUGGAUCGCUCUCUCACCAUGGAUCGCUCUCACCAUGGAUCGCUCUCUCACCAUGGAUCGCUCUCACCAUGGAUCGCUCUCUCACCAUGGAUCGCUCUCUCUCCAUGGAUCGCUCUCUCACCAUGGAUCGCUCUCUCACCAUGGAUCGCUCUCUCACCAUGGAUCGCUCUCUCACCAUGGAUCUCUCUCACCAUGGAUCGCUCUCACCAUGGAUCGCUCUCUCACCAUGGAUCGCUCUCACCAUGGAUCGCUCUCUCACCAUGGAUCGCUCUCACCAUGGAUCGCUCUCUCACCAUGGAUUGCUCUCACCAUGGAUCGCUCUCUCACCAUGGAUCGCUCUCACCAUGGAUCGCUCUCUCACCAUGGAUCGCUCUCACCAUGGAUCGCUCUCUCACCAUGGAUUGCUCUCACCAUGGAUCGCUCUCUCACCAUGGAUCGCUCUCUCACCAUGGAUCGCUCUCUCACCAUGGAUCGCUCUCUCACCAUGGAUUGCUCUCACCAUGGAUUGCUCUCACCAUGGAUCGCUCUCUCACCAUGGAUCGCUCUCUCACCAUGGAUUGCUCUCACCAUGGAUUGCUCUCACCAUGGAUCGCUCUCUCACCAUGGAUCGCUCUCACCAUGGAUCUCUCUCUCACCAUGGAUCGCUCUCACCAUGGAUCGCUCUCUCACCAUGGAUCGCUCUCUCACCAUGGAUCGCUCUCUCACCAUGGAUCGCUCUCUCACCAUGGAUCGCUCUCUCACCAUGGAUCGCUCUCUCACCAUGGAUCUCUCUCACCAUGGAUCUCUCUCACACCAUGGAUCGCUCUCACACUCUGCUAGCCCCAACGAUUUAUCCGGACUCGGACAUUGCCAAGAGGAUGGCCUGUGGUCGGACGAAGGCAGAAGCCAUUGUCACGGAUGUGCUUGCUCCUGCCUCUGUCGAAGAUUGCUUGAAAGUCCUCAAAAGACCACUGAAUGAGCAACGAGAGGCCACAAACAAAGCCCACACGCCAUUCUUCUCAGUGGCUUCAGAUGCCUCCAAUCAUGGGACCACCAAGCUCUUUCCACUGUCAGUGUGUUACUGGAUGCCAGACUUGGGAGCACAGACGAAGGUCCUUGAUUUCUAUGAUGACAGUGAUGAAACAUCUGCUGCGAUCCACAACCAGAUAGUCACCAAGUUGGAGGAACACAUGAUAUCUGCGUAUUCCGCUGACAACGCUAGUGUGAAUUACGGGAGAUACAACUCGGUCUUCCAGAAACUGAAAGAGAACAACAAUUGCAUUUUGAAAGCAAACUGUGUGGCCCACAUUGUUCACAACAGUGCAAAACACGCAGGAGAUCGGCUAAAUAUCGACAUUGAAAAUGUUGUCAACAAGACCUUUAGCCACUUCUCCUCAUCUGCGAAACGCAUUGAGGAGCUUAAGUCAGUUCACACCUUUGUGGAGAUAGAGUACCAGUCCCUGCUUAGACAUGUGCCCACAAGAUGGCUGAGCUUGUGGCCUGCAGUUAAGAGGCUUCACGACAGCUGGGCUCCUAUCAAGACAUACUUUCUCUCACUGGGAGAGGACCAGUGCCCAAAGUCACUAUGGCGGCUGUUCAAGGAUGACCAGGAUGGUGAGGGCAACCCCCUUGAUCUACAGGUUUACCUGUCCUUCCUCAGCAAUGCGCUCAAGAUUUUCCACGGCACUGUGCUGGUGCUGGAGCGAGAAGAUGGUACUGUCUGUGAGCUCUACGAUAUGAUACGGGUGUACUCCUCCAGCAGUUUCCCAGACAGACAGGCAGCUGUGCUCAGAGAGGACAUGUGCAACUUCUACCAGUCCUCUCUCACCUACUUGGAGCAGCGCUAUGACUUCUCAGACUCCAACUACCAGAAGAAAGUGGCUAGCCUGGCACUAAAGAGCCCAUUCAACUUCUCCCAUCUCUGUGAAGCUGUAGAGGCCAUUGUGCAGUCUGGAGCUCCAGUGGUGGAGAAGUGGUCCACCUUACUCAAGCACACACACACACACCAAACAUGA